AUGCCUACCGCUCGCCCACCCAAUUACUAUGCGAUCCUGGGGCUUUCUCCAACAGCCUCGACAAAUCAGAUUCGCGAUGCCUACAAACGCGCCGCCCUCAAGACGCACCCAGACCGCGUAGCAGCCGACGCCCCCGACCGCGCCGAGCGCACCCGCAAGUUCCAGCUAGUCAACGACGCCUAUUACACCCUCUCCGACCCUCUCCGACGCAGGGAAUAUGACGAGCAGCGCAAGAUCUUCGGUGUCGGCAGCGACUACGUCCCACCAUCGUCAGCCUCCUCAUCCUGGGGCGGUAGUACCGCAGGCGGCUUCGACAACACCUCCGAUCCCUUUGCUGAAGCUGAAGCGGGCGCCGGUGCGGGCGCCGGCUCCAGCCCAGCCGGCCAGGCCUUCUCGUGGGCGUGGAACUUCUUCACCAAGCAGAGACAAAACAGCAACGGUGCGCAACAACAGGACCGCGAGCAAACGCAAAACGAGCAGUUCGCCGAUGUCUUCGAGGAGAUGCUGCGCGAGGAAGGCAUGGCGGAGUCCGACAACAGGCCGAACAACAAGUUCUGGAGCUUGCUGGGCGGACUCAGCGGUGGCGUAAUGGGUUUCAUCGUCGCGAACGUGCCCGGUCUGUUGGCUGGUGCGGUUGCGGGCAACAGAUUGGGCGCUAUCAGAGACGCAAAGGGGAAGAGCGUCUAUGCCGUAUUUCAGGAACUCCCUCAAGACGACAAGGCGAGACUUCUUACCCAGUUGGCGGCCAAGGUGUUCAGCCAUACUGUCGGAAUCUGA